AAUCAACAACCAUCACCAUCUCCCCCCCCUCUGCCCUCUUAAUUCUCAAAGACUCGCUCAUCAUCUCAACACAUACAUCAUCGUAAGUCAUUCACGUGCAAUUGACGCGUCGCCCUCGCGUUGCCUUGCUUACCUUUGCUCGCUCGCAGAUGCCCGAAUCGCGCGAGGACUCCGUCUACCUUGCUAAGCUCGCCGAGCAGGCAGAGCGCUAUGAGGAAAUGGUGGAGAACAUGAAGCGGGUCGCGUCCUCAGACCAAGAACUCACUGUCGAGGAGCGUAACCUUCUCAGCGUCGCCUACAAGAACGUCAUCGGUGCACGGCGCGCAUCGUGGCGGAUCGUCUCCUCGAUCGAACAGAAAGAGGAGGCAAAGGGUAACGAGACUCAGGUCGCAAUGAUCAAGACGUACCGGGAGAAGAUCGAGGGUGAGCUGCAGAAGAUUUGCGAGGACAUCCUCGACGUCCUCAACAAACACCUCAUCCCCUCGGCCGCUUCCGGCGAAUCCAAGGUCUUCUACCACAAGAUGAUGGGCGACUACCACCGUUACCUUGCCGAGUUUGCCACCGGUGACAAGCGGAAGGAAAGCGCUGACAAGUCCUUGGCUGCCUACAAGGAGGCUUCCGAUGUCGCUGUCACCGAGCUCCCACCAACGCAUCCUAUCCGUCUCGGUCUCGCACUCAACUUCUCCGUGUUCUACUAUGAGAUCCUAAACAGCCCCGACCGGGCCUGUCAUCUUGCCAAGCAGGCAUUCGACGAUGCUAUUGCUGAGCUCGACACCCUUUCAGAAGAGAGCUACAAGGACUCGACACUGAUCAUGCAGUUGUUGCGUGACAACCUCACCCUUUGGACCUCAGACAUGCAGGAAACUGACAAGGCAGACGCCAAAGAUGAAGGUGAUAACGCUGCGGAUGAUUAAACCCGGUUUCGUCUUGUCACCCUCCUUGUCACGAUCAGUUAGGAUACAGGGUUCCUACCACCGUCCAUAUUUACUAGCAUCACUCUUACCUCUCGCAUUCCGCCUUUUUUUUUUUCUCUAUGUUCUGUUAUUAUACCGUACGGCACGGUCAACCAUACAUGUCUUGGUAUAGGGGGUGAAUAAGAACAUUCAAUAUCAGACGUGUCACGACAGAGA